AUGAUCGAGGUGGUGUGUAACGACCGUCUCGGAAAAAAAGUCCGGGUGAAAUGCAACCCAGAGGACACUAUUGGGGACCUGAAGAAGCUCAUCGCUGCUCAGACAGGCACGCGAUAUGAUAAAAUCGUGUUAAAGAAAUGGUACACCAUAUUCAAGGACCACGUGUCUCUGGAUGACUAUGAAAUCCAUGAUGGGAUGAAUCUGGAGUUGUAUUACCAGUAG